AUGAAACACUUCACGAAAAAACUCCAUUUGUCGCUAGGGUGGUUACUCAAUGUUCUUCUAGUAGUACAAUCCAAUCAAUUUGAGCCUAGUGGCACAUCGCAGGCUCGAAUUAUUGGAGGCUAUAACGACAAUAUUGCCAAUAAUCCCUGGCUGGUUUCGAUAAGCCUUCAAGGGUUUGGCCACGUCUGUGGUGGCUCGAUAAUAUCAUCAUCGUGGGUACUCACAGCAGCCCAUUGUAUGGAAUCGGUUAAGCCAGAAAGUCUGUCCUUAAGAGCUGGAUCUACAUAUCGUAAUAGUGGUGGAGUGGUGAAUCGUGUCAGCCAAAUCAUAUCUCAUCCGAACUUUAAUGUGCAGUAUAAAAUGGAUUAUGACCAUGCGCUACUGAAGGCGCAAAGCCCUUUUAGCUUUGGAAAUAACAUUGCUGCAGUUCGCCUUGCCGAUUACGGCCAUCCUUUUUACGAAAAUGAGCAGUGUAAGGUUUCCGGUUGGGGUUUGCUGAGAGCAUCUGGGACUGACAUUCCGCGAAACGUGCAAAGUGUUAAAAUAUUUCUAGUCGAGCGACCCGUCUGUGAAAGCCAGUUCCGACCAAAGUACACAAUAACAUCGAGGAUGAUUUGUGCAGGCGGAAAGGGAAAGGAUUCCUGUCAGGGUGACUCGGGUGGUCCACUGAUUUGCCGCGGAAUGCUUCUCGGGGUGGUAUCGUUCGGAAUCGGUUGCGGUUCGAGUCACUAUUCCGGAGUGUAUGCCAACGUUCCUGAGAUGAGGAAUUGGAUCUGGCAGUCUACUGGUGUUUAG